AUGAGAAAAAGCCGUUAUAAAAAAGCAUUUUAUACAACCUUGUUUCGUACAAUUCUUGAUCAUUUACAUGGUCAAUACAAUGAGUAUUUUGAAAUACUCAAUUCAACAUUAAAAUCGUUCAGACAUAUAUCACCACUAACAAUCGGAAACUUUAGUCAAACAGAAGCCGAUGAACUAACGGCAUUGAUACCUGGAAUAGAUGAUUCUUCUCAACCAGAUUCUUAUAUAACAUUACACUUAUGA